AUGUCUCGUUGGUUUUUUCGUUCAUGUCGUUUACAUUCUACAACAUUUAUUAAAUGUAUUUUAUGUUUAGUAAUAAUUUAUAUAUUAAAUACAAUACUUGGUGUGCAAUAUUAUAUAUGGUCAGAAAAAUCAUUUGAGAAUGAAUAUCAUUUAACAAUGACACAAAUUGAUAUUAGAAAUAUUGAUGAAAAUAAACCAGAAAAUAUUUUAGGUUUACCAAAAUAUAUUAUUUCAAAUAGAUUUAUUAUUAAUAAUGAAUAUUUAUGUAAUCAUGGAAAUUCAGUAACAUUUAUUCAACCACAUUUAUUAAUAUUAGUCAAAUCAGCUGUUGAGAAUUGGAAAGCAAGACAAGCUAUUAGAAUGACAUGGGCAAAGAAUGAUUUUUUAGAAAAAAAUAAUAUUAAAUUAGCUUUUGUUUUAGGUACAAAUGAACAAAAUUUCAGUGUGGAAAAAGAAUCACAACAAUAUAAAGAUAUUAUUCAAAUUGAUAAAAUUGAUUUUUAUUAUCAUAAUUCAUAUAAAAUGGUAAUGAUGCUUCGUUGGAUAAAUGAAUAUUGUACAUCUAAAAAUGAUCUUCGAAAAUAUGUUUUAUUUGUUGAUGAUGAUUAUUAUAUUGAUUUAAAUUCAUUAUUAACAUAUAUAAAUAAAAUUGAUAAUAAUUCUAAUAUGACAAUAAAUGAAAGACGAACAUUUAUAACUGGUUAUGUUUAUCAAAGUUCUCGUCCACGUCGAUUUUUAAAUGAUCGUUGGUAUAUAUCAAUAAAUGAUUAUCCAUAUGAUCAUUAUCCACCUUAUGUAACAGCUGGAUGUUUUUUAAUGACAAUAUCUAAUGCACGAUUAUUUUAUAUAGCAUCAAAAUAUACGAAAUUAUUUCGUUUUGAUGAUAUUUAUAUGGGACUUUUAGCUUAUUCAAUGUCAAUUAAAUUAAUUCCAAAUAAUGAUUUAUUUUCAUCAUAUCAUUCAUCAAUUAUUUUAUUUAAUAAUCAAACAGGAUUUUUUUCAAAAUUUAAAAGAUUUUUUACUAAUAAUAUUAAUUUAAAUUCAACAAAUAAACCUAUUUGUAUUCAUGGAUAUCGUGGAGAAGAAUUAAUUCAAAUUUGGAAUAACAUCUAUCAAACUAAUCUAACACUUUCACUAAGUAAUUGA